AUGUUCAGAACCAAUGAAUGUAGAAAAAACGAUCAAAACACUUUUGAAGAAGAAGAUGAUACACCAACAAAACAUGACGAUGACGAGGAAGAUUUUGUUAGCUGGGAUAAUGCCGCAGUUUUCACACAUCCCAUUCGAAUUCCGAUGACUGUUAAGCGUGGUGAGCACCAGGCUGCAAAUCUUACAACUUGUUUAGGAAUCAGAACAGUACUUCUGAAACUCGGUGCCCGAAGUAAAGGCGAUUAUAAUAUUCAAUUUAACUGUAAUGGUGCUGGAAAAGUACAGUGUACAUCUGAUCAACAAUCCCGAUACACCUACAAGUUUCAAGUAAUAUAUUCCUCAAACUCAGCCCCAACACCGUUUCGGCUACUGAUCACUACCAUUGGCAUUCCGUCUAAACCAGCAAGUGGUUACACUCGAAAGCACAAAACUUACAAGAUCAGCUUUGCACCCCCAAAAUAUUCUGAAAUUGCUGGUGAAAUAUAUAAAAAGUAUAUGGAUUUUGAAGAGGUGUUAACGCCGUUCAAUACAACCAUGAUAAAAAUGAUCAAAACACCGGUAGCUCCAGAAAUCGCAAAACUUAAUUUACCAGUUGAGAAAGAAACUCGAGUACCAAACGUACAGUAUGAACCUGGGAAGUUUGAGCACGAUAAAUAUGAUGCUUAUCUUCCAGAAGGCAGAGCUCUUAAAGCAACUGGAUUGGCAAUUUUGACAUUCAACACUCCGCUUCACAGUUUACCACCAACUUUUGAAAUACUAAAUGACCGUGAACGAUGGUUUGAGGUCGGUGAAGUUCACACAAAAAAGGAGUCAAAUUAUUUUGCAACUUCCGUUAAGGUGUUGCAACGUGCCGGAACUGUGGUGAACUUUUCAAAAGUAAAAAAUGGUUUCUAUUCUUUUACAAUACAGGCCAAACAAGACCGCUUUGUUUCAUCAGCAACAGUAAAUGUUGAAAUUCUUGAAGUUUCUCCGAGAGCACAUUAUAAACCUGGUCGUGCAAAACGUGAUGAUGUACAAAUAACGCGAAGCACCUCAACAACCAGCAGAACUCCUUAUUACCAGUAUGCAGCAAAGACAAUAUCACCUGAGGAUUUUAAAACAUUAAAGGAAUCUAAGGGCAACGAAUCUGAUGAGUUUAAGAAAUUGUUGCGAAACGCUAAAAGGACUAGUCAGGUCCGUAAAUUACGUCAGUUGUCAGACGAAAGCGACCCAGAGUCAUCAGAAGAAUCUGAUGAUGAUCCCCACUAUCGUAACAUAAGCAGUAAAGAGAGAGAAGGCGAGCGAGUAUUAUGGAUGUCAAACCUAAAUCGAGGAAUGUAUGGAACUUUUUCAACUGCAACACCCCCGCAAGUUAAUGAAGAAUUUCUGAAAGAGGUGAUGGAAAACGAAGGAGAUUACAUUGAUGACUCCUCUGGAGUCUUCCCUUCAAGUCCGUCGAACAAAUCAGCCGUCACUACUGAGGGAGAAACAAUUCAGUAUACAACACCAGUAGGAAACAUAGAAAAAUUUGAUCGAGGUGAACUUGCAAAUACAGACAGCAAUAGCACAGAGACGUCGAAAAGGAUUGAUACUGAUAGACAAGAAGUAGAGGCAUUAAGUACCGAGAUGAAAACGCCAUCAUCAGAAUCAUCACCAACCAGUGUGGAAGCACAACUGUCGGAAACUCAACUCAACUCAAAUGAAAGUCAGCCUUUAAAAAAUCGACCAGACGGAAUCGAAGCUCAAUCAUCGGAAGUUGAACUAGCUCCAACUAAAGCGGAACAAUCAGAAACACAAACAACCAUGACUGAGUUGCAAACAACAGAAUCUCUACCAAAAACGACCGAGGUGCAACCACCACUAACCCAACCAACUGAAAUUGAAACUCAACCACUGGAAAUUAAACCAACCAGCGUCAAGGCAGAAACUUCAGAAACUCAACCAACUACGACCAGAGCGCAACCAUCAGAAAUUAAACCACACGGCCUAGAAGCAGAAACUUCAGGGACUCAAUCAACUACAACCACAGCGCUUCCAUCAGAAACUAAACCAACUGAGAUCGACGCACAACCUCCAGAAGCCACCCCAACUGAAAUUAAAGCAGAGCCAUUAGGAAUAGAACCAACCGUUACCAGGGCAGAGCCAGAAACUGAAACAGAUGAGAUUGAAGCUGGGUCAUCAGAAACUUACUCAAACACCACUGAAGCAGAAUCGUCAGAAAAUAAAGCAAUUGAGAUUGAAGAACAGUUGUCAAAAACGCAGCCAAAUGAAAUUGGAACAAAACUGUUGAAAAAUAUACCAACUGUUACCGAGCCAGAACCUUCAGAAACUAAAUUAGAUAAAAUUGAAGGGCAGCUGCCAGAAACUCGCCGAACUGAAACUAAUGUAGAGCCAUUAAGAAUUAAGCCAUUUGAGAUUGAAGAGCGGCCGUCAGAGACUGAACCAACCGCGAUUGAAAACCAGGUGCCAAGAACUCGACUAACUGAGGCUGAAAAGAACCCAUCAGAUAAUGAAUCCUCUGAGAUUGAAGAGCAAGUUUCUGUAACUAAAUCAACAGAUGUUAAACAGCAAACACUCGGAACUACACCAAUUGGGGUCAAGGGGCAGCCAUUAAAAAGCCAAACACCUGCAACCGAAGGACAAUCAUCAGAAACUAAACUAGUGGCGAUAGAAAGUUGGCCCUCAAGAACCGGACAAGGUUGGAUAAAAGCACAACCAUCCGAAACUCAUUUGAAUUUAGCGGAAUCUCUACAUCCAGAAAAUGAAAUAAAUGAUACUAAAAUUCAGUCACCAAGCGUAGAGGAAAUUGCUACUGAAAAUCAACCGCUGGGAAUGACAGUAACUACUGCUAGAAGUCAGACUUUAGAAAAAAUGCCAAGUACUUUUGAGACGCAACCACCAGAGACAAAAGAAAGUGCUGACGAGGAGGAGAACGACGAUCAAAUGGAAAGCGGUAGAUUAGAAUACACCUCAGAUAUAGUAACCAAAACAACGGUGACUGUGUUGCCGGAACUUACAACUGUGGAUUUGAGUGGGAGGGACGAAUUACAGGAGAAUGUUACAGAACCCUCACUCACAUCAAAUUUAGUAGGGACUGAAGACGCCCGUUCUGGAGAGGAAAGCAGGACGUUAGAAGAAAAAAAAACGGAUGCAAAAAUUGUUCAAGGUAGACGAGAAAUGAAUUUCCAAGAGAUCUUCAAAGAUGAUGACGUUCAGGAGCAUUUAGCUCAAGCAUUUGCUCCAGUUGUGGAAAAUGUUAAGAACUACAAUACCAAGUUAUAUUUAAAUCUGAAAUCACCAAAUGCUGGCGAGCUGACAGUCCCAGAAAAUCUUCGAGUUGGUGACAUUGUACCUGGAUUGGAAAUCACUGUUUCAGCUGUUGAUAUGGAUCCAAGUGAUUUGAUUAUCAUAUCUGUUAAUACGACAGCUUUCGUGCCAUAUCCACGGUUUAUGCAACCAGGUAAAACGGUCUUCCUUGUCAUAAACGAUGCGAUGCAGCUGGACUAUGAAGCACUUCCCAGAAGUUUUCCGGUUGAGGUGAAAGCUUCACUGCGAUCAAAGCCUUAUGUAUUUGCAACUCGAGCCCUCCAAAUUCGUAAAAAAGAUGAAAGCGACCAGUUGCCAGUGUUCAGCGAAAAUGCUUAUGAUUUUCACGUUGCAGAAUCAAGCAUUUCUGGACAAAAAGUUGGCCAAGUUGAAGUGUCUGAUAGCGAUGAAAGUGACCAAGGCAAAAUUCGCUUUCGGCUUGUUGGACCUGGAAGCGAACUGUUUACCAUCAACGGUGGAACAAUAAGCGUCUCAUGCCCAACAGUUCUGCCGUGUUUGGACAGAGAAAGGACGGAUUCUUACCACUUACUUGUUGUUGCUACGGAUGCAGGGGGGUUAAGUUCUGUGCCAGUGCCAGUUCGAAUUACCAUUGAUGACGAGAAUGACAACGGUCCAAUAUUGGAGUUGUCGCGGAAUGAUAUUCAGAUAGCAGAAGGAAGAAUAGUCCGCCCAUUUCUAGUAAAGUAUUUUGACUGGUCAAUUUUUGUUCCACAAUUAUUGCGCUCAAGCACUUUAGUUCAGGUUCUUGAUUUUGAUCAGUAUCCAAAUAACAUUAACGACUUAACAACCGAUGGCAAUGCUUCAUCAUUUGUUGCACUGGAAGAAAUCAAAGAAAAUUUAUAUUAUGCCAAACUUACUGCUCUACCAAUUGCUGGGCAGUAUAUUUUGGAGCUGAAUGUUCGUGACCCAUCUGGGGCAAAUGAGGAAUCAUUGGAAGCUCAAAAAAAGACUGUUAUAGUGACUGUUCAGGUAAACUCGCUUGCAAAAGACUUAUUAAAGCUGAGUAAAUGUGUAAACACAGUGACAAAAGCGCAUUUUAAAAGGGCGAAAUAUGAACGUACUGUUAACAGUGAGAAGCUACACAAAGGCAAUCCACUAUUGCAACCAGAAUUUGAAGGCGCAGGCUUUGAAAGUAUACGGUUUGUUAUUUUACAUGGAGACCCUGGUUGGUUGAUGCUUGACCAAUAUACCGGUAAUGUAUUUGUCGGCGACGUUCCAGCAAGUGGCGUUGAAGCAGGCCGUUAUGAUGUUACAAUAGCUGCUGUGAAUCGGACAGAUAAGCGCGUUUUGGCUGAAACGGAAUUCUCAUUGACUGUACAGAGCGGUAGUGGGAUGUUGAAAGUCUUCCAAAGAAGUUUUUAUACUGCAACAGUAUUAAAAGAUAAGUUUAAAUUAAAGCGACUGUUGAUUGAUUUAGAUGUGAAAGACAGUCGUACUGUAAUUGAUAUCUUUGGUAAAGGUAAUAAAAAUGAUAAAACUGCGGUUUUGAUUGUGAAUGGAACUGUAUCUGCGAUAGAUGACAAACUUCAUCCAGUGGAAGUCGGAACGAAUUCUGUCUCCUACAAAAAUGGUGAACUUGUUCUUGAUCUUGCAAAAUUGCGUAAUAUACGGCUAAUCAAUUUUCAUUUGGCUUCUGAGAAAGAUCCUAGCGAUAAUGACUUCAAACUUUGUAUGUACAAUUUUCCACUAAUGAAUAUUUUAGCAACUGUUAUCAUUUACCUGAGUUCGGAUCCGGAAAAGGUUGCUGCAGCACGUAAGGAAGAAUCUCGUCCAGUAUUUAUUUACCCUUGGAAGCCCGAUCUAAACAUUAUACAGAGAUACAAUAGAAUUGAAUGCAAAUUAUGUAAUACUAGGCUUCUAAAAAUUGUUUUGCUCCUGUCUAGUUAUUUUGUGUGGUUGCCAUUUGAGGUCAAAUUGGCAGAAGAAUCGCCUGCAGGCUACGUACUAUUUUCGCUGCCAGCGUAUGACCCGAGUGAUGGUAAACCGGUUAAAAAUCUGCGUUUAAGUGGGCAAAUGGCAGAAUUCUUCGAGCUUAAUGCUUCUAAUGGUGACAUAGUGGUUGUUCGAAAACUUGACUAUGAAACGGUGAAACCAGAGAAGAGGAUUUUUGAGUUGGAGCUUACUGCUGGCGAAAGCCCUUAUGAAAGUACUGCAAAACUUCGAGUGGAGCUGAUUGACAUUGACGAUAAUCCGCCGAAGCUGAUUCCACUAGAAAAAUACGAUCUCGAUGACCUGACUAUAGAAGAGAACGCCAAGCCCGGGACUGUACUUUUCGAAGUUUCAGUAUCUGAUGCUGAUUAUUUGUAUGGCAGACGAGAUAUGUAUAAGUAUACUUUAAGCGGGGAAGGAGCUAAUAAUUUCCAAGUUAAAGAGGUCAAUAAUACGGUAGCAGUAAUUGUAUCUCCAGCUACAGACCUUGAUUAUGGCAAAUUCAAAACUAUUCUAAUGACGUUAAAAGUAGAAGAUUCUGGCGGUAAUUCCGAUACGAUCGGGGCUACAGUGUCAGUGCUUGAUGCUAAUGACAAUGCUCCAAUUUUUAACCCCCGUGAAUAUAGUGCGGAGGCGGUUGAGAAUUGGCCACCAGGAACUGCGUUAGCUGUCGUUAUGGCUUCUGAUGCAGACAGUGGAGCAAAUGCAAAGAUUCAUUACGAAUUAGCUCAUGGGGAUAUAGAAUGUAUAUUAUUUAUAAUUAAUGGCUUUUUCGUUGAAUACAUUUUUGCAAAUAGACCUACCGCACAACGUUACCUUACAGAUUUUAAAGUUGACAAUGAAAGUGGCAUUGUUUACACUACUCGGUCUCUAAUGGGGCUUGCUAGAGCUCAUCCUUACGAGCUAAUGAUUACUGCAACGGAUUCAGGAAGUCCUCCUCUCUCUACCUCGACAGUGAUGAAAGUGCGUAUUAUCGAGUCUGCAUCGUUGUCUAAACCUGGUGAUGAUAAAAGAAUUCACUUUGUCGCUCCUAGUGUUGGGCAAGUAAUCGAUCUAGACGAGAACAUUCCACCAAAUCAACGAGUUUAUACUGUUGAAGCACAUAUCGGAGACUUUAGUGAACAGUAUGAAAGAGAGAUAAAAUAUACAAUUGAGGUCAGUUGUGAAAUUUUUAAAGAACUUUUACAUAUUGUGAUAAAAGGUGUUUCUCAACCGCAGUAUCAGGAUUUGAGAGCAAUGAGCAGUUUACGGAAGCGGAUAAAAAUUUUGCAUUAUAAUGCUCUCAAAAUGAACAAUAGUGCUGAUAUUGGCCAAGUUACAGACAACAUUAAAGCUGUAGAUAAAGAAGAAAAAUUUAGAAACCUAUAUUGGGGCAAUAAUCAUUUGACAUUUGACACUUACAAGAGGAUCUUGAGAGAAGGAAAAAAAGCGAUAGAGCAAUGCAGCACAUUUGUAAGAAGGAGUUUUAUAUGCAAUAAAGAAUACAAUACGCGCUAUACAUUGAUGCAUUUAGAAUAUGAAAAACCAAAUCCAGUGGACAACAAAACAGAUGGAGAUUGGUUUAGCAUUGAUUCCAGCAGUGGUGAUGUUUUUACACUACAGACUUUAGACUACGAACGACAGUCAGCAAUAACGAAUAUUAUUGAACAAUAUAAAUGA